AUGUUAGUCGCUGUGGCAAAACAUCUGGGUUUGUUGUCCCUGCGCUUAGCAGACUCGAUCAUUCUUCCCCUGAACACCACUCACUAUGCAAACGAGCUCGAGGUUUACGUUGAUACCGUUGAGGCAGCUGCAGCGACAAACGAUCAUGACCUUAGCUUUGCAACUCUCCGCAGGUCUAUUGUCAGCCUCCAGGAAGCCAGCGCCGCCCUUGACUCUGAGAAAGCGUCCGCAGAAAAGGCCCUUCGCAAGGCUUUGCAGAAGCUCGCCCAUAAACGCUUGAGACGUCGCUUCGUCAGGCGUGUCAUCCGCUGGAUCAAGAAACACCUCGGCCUGGAAGUCGACCCGAUUGGUCCCAAGGACGCCGAGCCGUAUGAGCACGACCACCUGCUCGACCACUCGCUCAAGAUGCUCUCUGCUCGCGCGGGCGACGUGGAGCGACUCGAGAAGCGCUGGGGCAAAGGGCCGCUGCACGACCUCAUCCAGGCUGCGAAGCGCGUGCGAAAGGUGAACGCGAAGCUUGCGAAGUUUGAACAGGGGUUCAUCUCCGAAGAUGGGAUCAGGAGCCGUAACUGGUACAAGCAUCUGGGUGUCGCACCGGGUAGAUACUUGGGUUACGGCGCUACGACGUUGCCCGCUCUGACUGAAGCAGUCAUCUUUGACCGGAACGCAUCCUUGAUCCGACUUGAAGAGGACAGGCUAAUCGCGCUCAUCGACUCGAUGGCUCAGAACUUGCUCAACUAAUGUUAUAUUGACCCAGAGGAAAUGUACAUUUAUAACCAAUGCUCUACAUGAUUUGACGAAUGCUCACGAU